ACCGCGCGAUGGACGGACGACACCGAUGAGCCAGCCGCAUCCAUGCUGUCAGGAGUUUAUCGGGAAUAUCGUCUGUAAACGUGGAUAUUGUCUUCUGGCUUUAGGUUAACCGACUCAGAGUUUUUUGAAACACUUUGAACUUCACUGAGGUUCGCACAAAGACUGGAUUGCGGACAGGGAAGACUGCGACUGUUGCGUUGAAGUGAGAGGAUGGGGAGCCGGGGGCACUACCGGUACCACUGGCAGAGCCACAAUGUCAAACACAGCGGUGUGGAUGACAUGGUGCUGCUCAGCAAGAUCAAUGAGGACGCCAUCGUGGACAACCUCAAGAAGAGAUACAUGGAUGACUACAUCUUUACAUACAUUGGUCCCGUGCUUAUCUCCAUCAACCCCUUCAAGCAGAUGCCAUACUUUGGGGAAAAAGAAAUUGAGAUGUAUCAGGGUGCAGCUCAGUAUGAGAACCCUCCUCACAUCUACGCUCUAGCAGAUAACAUGUACAGAAACAUGAUGAUCGACCGUGAGAACCAGUGUGUCAUCAUCAGUGGAGAGAGUGGAGCAGGGAAAACUGUGGCGGCCAAAUAUAUCAUGGGCUACAUCUCCAGAGUGUCAGGGGGUGGACCCAGAGUACAGCACGUCAAAGACAUCAUCCUGCAGUCCAACCCGCUGCUAGAGGCCUUUGGCAACGCCAAGACUGUGAGGAACAACAACUCCAGCAGAUUUGGGAAAUACUUUGAGAUCCAGUUCAGCUCCGGUGGCGAACCAGACGGAGGGAAAAUCUCCAACUUCCUUCUGGAGAAGUCACGUGUCGUCAUGAGGAAUCCUGGAGAAAGGAGUUUCCACAUAUUCUAUCAGCUGAUAGAAGGAGCCAGUGGAGAGCAGAAGAGCAGCCUGGGAAUCACAAGCCUGGAUUACUACACUUACCUCAAUCAGUCUGGUUCCUACAAAGUGGACGACAUCAAUGAUAAGAGUGACUUCCAGGAGACAACGCAUGCCAUGGAUGUGAUUGGCAUCUCAGCGGAAGACCGCGCCAUGGUGCUUCAGAUUGUGGCUGGAGUCCUGCACCUGGGAAAUAUCAGUUUCAGGGAAUCGGGCAACUACGCUGCUGUGGAGAGCGAAGAGUUUUUGGCCUUUCCUGCAUUUCUGCUUGGAAUUGACCAGAACCGUCUGAAGGAGAAACUGACAAGCAGGAAGAUGGACAGCAAGUGGGGAAAUGCAGUGGAGUCUAUUGACGUGACACUAAACGUGGAGCAGGCAUGUUACACUCGAGACGCCCUCUCCAAAGCCCUGCAUUCACGUGUGUUUGACUACCUGGUCGAGUCCAUCAACAAAGCCAUGGUGAAGGCUCAUCAGGAGUUAAAUAUGGGCGUGUUGGACAUUUAUGGAUUUGAAAUUUUCCAAAAAAAUGGAUUUGAACAGUUCUGCAUCAACUUUGUGAAUGAGAAGCUCCAGCAGAUAUUCAUUGAGCUGACUCUAAAGGCAGAACAGGAGGAGUACGUGCAAGAGGGCAUCAAGUGGACUCCUAUUGAGUACUUCAACAACAAGAUUGUCUGCGAUCUCAUCGAGAGCAAAAAUCCCCCUGGCAUCAUGAGCAUCCUGGAUGAUGUGUGUGCCACUAUGCACGCAGUGGGCGAAGGUGCCGACCAGACAAUGCUGCAGAAGCUCCGAGUCCAGAUCAACACCCACGAACACUUCAACAGCUGGAACCAGGGCUUCAUCAUCCACCACUAUGCUGGCAAGGUGUCCUACGACGCGGACGGUUUCUGCGAGAGGAACCGAGACGUCCUUUUUACUGACCUCAUUGAGUUGAUGCAGAGCAGUGAAAUCGCCUUCAUCAGAGCACUGUUUCAAGAAAACCUCAAUGCUGAAAAGAAGGGUCGACCCACAACUGCAGGCAGCAAAAUAAAGAGACAAGCCAAUGAUUUGGUGAGCACACUGAUGAAAUGUACUCCACACUACAUCCGCUGCAUCAAACCUAAUGAGACCAAGAAGCCCAGAGACUGGGAAGAGAGCCGAGUGAAGCAUCAGGUGGAGUAUCUGGGUCUGAAGGAAAACAUCAGGGUGAGGCGUGCUGGCUACGCCUACCGCAGAAUCUUCAGGAAGUUCCUCAACAGGUACGCCAUUCUUACCAAAGAGUCCUGGCCAACGUGGCGAGGAGACGAGAAACAAGGCGUCCUUCAUCUCUUACGGUCUGUCAACAUGGACCAGGAUCAGUUCCAGCUUGGUCGCACCAAGAUCUUCAUUAAAGCCCCUGAGUCGCUCUUUCUGCUGGAAGAGACAAGGGAGCGCAAGUUUGACGGCUACGCCAGGACCAUCCAGAAAGCCUGGAGGAAAUAUGUCGCCUGCAAGAAAUACGUCCAGAUGAGGGAAGAAGCCUCUGACCUGCUGUUGAACCGGAAGGAGAGGCGGCGACACAGCCUCAACAGAAACUUUGUAGGUGACUACCUGGGUAUGGACGACAGGCCUGAGCUUCGAAACUUUCUGGCAAAGAGAGAAAAGAUUGACUUUGCGGACAAAGUCACAAAAUAUGACCGCCGGUUCAAGGGAAUUAAGAGAGACUUGAUCCUGACCCCAAAAUCAGUGUACCUGAUUGGAAGAGAAAAGGUGAAACAGGGACCGGAGAAAGGGCAGGUGACAGAGGUGCUGAAGAGGCGGGUUGAUGUGGAGAAGAUCUUGGCGGUGUCACUGAGCACGAUGCAGGAUGACUUCAUGAUCCUGCACGAGCAGGAGUACGACAGCCUGCUGGAGUGCGUCUUUAAGACAGAGUUCAUCAGCUUACUGGCUCGUAGGUUUGAGGAGAAAACUCAGAGGAAGCUACCACUCAAGUUUAGUAACACACUGGAGAUGAAGUUGAAGAAGGAGAACUGGGGCUUCUUGAGUGGAGGCGGCUCCCGGCAGGUCAUGUUUGUCCAGGGUCAGGGAGACUUGCCUGUACUGAAGCCUUCGAGCAAAUCCCUGCAGGUCAGCGUCGGCCCCGGGCUUCCCAAGAAUACACGCCCCACCAGGAAGAACAUUACUCAGGGUCGCUCCAGCGCAUCCAGAACCCACCAGAACAUCCCAUCACGGGCUGCACCUGGACCUCCAGUUGCUCACCAGAAUGGUGGCCUGAAAAACUCCAAUCACGUAGCCAAUCAGAGAAACUCACAGCAUCACAACCAGAGGCAUCCCUCAUCCAGCAACUCAACGCGCCCCUUCCUGCCCAGCAACAUCAACCAGCUGAAGGAGCGAGGCGGCAGCCGGCCGCAGCCAAACCUGGACUGUCUGAAAGUGCCUGAACAAGGAGCUGCAGGUCAUGGAGACAGACGGCCAGCUUCAAAUGGAGGAAUAGCCCACAGACCAUCGGCCAGCAGGCCUCCGCCGGGAGGAGGACGACCCAAACCUGCACCCAAACCCAAACCCCAGGUGCCCCAGUGCAAAGCUUUGUACGCCUACGACGCUCAGGACACAGACGAGCUCAGCUUCAAUGCUGAUGACAUUAUCGACAUCAUCAAAGAGGAUGCAUCCGGAUGGUGGACAGGACGACUUCGUGGAAAGCAGGGACUUUUCCCCAACAACUAUGUCACCAAGAUCUAGGAGCUGCCGGUUCACAGCACGAGGAGGAGAGCCUCCUGCGUCACCGCGGACCCUCUCAGAGGACAGGAUGGAGCUUACAGUCGGAGAGAGAAGCACUGUGAGAUUUCCCGAGGAGAGAAACUCACACUUCCCCCACCUCUGCCUUGUGGUAAAUGAAUGUAACUCUCGGUUACACCACCAAACCAAAAGGCCGUCAGGUUUGAAAUGAGGCUCUGCUUUAAAGACAAGAAGACUGUUUGACUCCGGGGUCUGUUUUCCUCCACAGUCCCUUUGAGUACUGAACAAAACUAUUUAUUGUAUUUAUAGCUUUCUGUGUUCUCCUCACUGUCAUUUAUAUCUUGCUGAGGAUUUGCGCUCAAACAUUUUGAAGCGUUGGAAUGAAGUAUGCUUAAUCUGUGGGACCAGGCUGUGAUUUUUAUUUUCAACAUGUCGUCUUUGGAUGAAGGUUUGAUUGCUGAAGCAAAGGUGGUUGUCUCAGUGUCAAAACUGUAGAGACUGCUGUUUUACCAGGUAUAUUUAUUUUGGUGCAAAACUGUAACUACUUCUCGGGAACGUACAUUCAGUAAAUCACCACACUGUGAUUAUUGUAAUGAUUUUAAAUACCAAAGCAAUGUAAAUUUUCACGUAAGACAACACGGCAAAGUGGUGAAUCACCUGGAAAACCACCUUCAUCUUUGUUUUUUGUUUUUUUUGUUGUUGUUUUUGUUUUUCUAUCACACCAGUAUAUGUUAGACACAGAGUAGAGGCCGUGUAUACUGUAACCUGAGCAUGCUGUCUGUGGUGUAUUAGCACUUUAUUGGUAUAGGUACUACCUUGGAUACAGACAUCGUCACUCGUUCAUGCCACAGCCAGUAAGUCACGUCUAUGAAGGACAGAUUGCCAAGCUAGCAAUAAGCCUAGUUACUGAGGAGAAUAAGUUGUUUACAUGAAAUGAUAAAAAACAGGCAUUUUAGAUCUGAUUCUGUAUAUGUGUUCAUAUUUAGGAGUACGCCUGUUGUUGGUUAGAUUUUUAAAUUAAAUUUUUUUGUAUUUUAUCUGAAGGAUCUUAGUAUUCUAUUUUUUUCUGCUUUUGAUACUCACAGGGCUGCUUUAUUUCUAGUUCAGUUACAAAUAGAUAAAAAUGGUUAUCACACACUAGGGUUAAUGGAUUUUUGUCUUGUCAAGUGCAAAAGUUGUUUUAGGUGAAAGAAUUUUGUUACCAUUUUUCUGUGGCACUACAAAGAAUUCCUUUUGCUUCUGCUCGACUGUUUCUGCACAUCUCUUGCACUGCUGUUGCAUUACUUACACAUUCCUGAGUAAUUUGUUAUUUCAUUAAAUAACCACAUUAUGCUCUAGUCAGUAAACAUUGCUGGGACUUCUGUCAUAGAUCUUCUGCAUCAUCAAAUAUAGUUUGAUCUUGGAUGGUUGAAAACAUCCUUGUGCAAUACAAGACAGUAGAUGAGUCUUUUAAUAAAGCAUGUAAUAUUGUAUAUUUAACUGCUUUUUUGUUUUAUUAAAGAGA